AUGACGUCGAACAAAGCAGCGUGGAUUAAGGGACCCGGUAGCUUGGUUGAGGUAGAGACAGUUGAGAAAUGGGUUCCAGGCGGCGGUGAACUUUUAGUUCAGGUCGAAGCUGUUAACUUUAACCCUAUUGACGCAAAACUUCAAAGGUCUAAUAUAUUCCAACCCCAAUUUCCGAUCAUUGUUGGAUUCACAUUUGCGGGCACGGUUACCUCUACUGGACCUGAUGUCAUAUCGGUCAAGCCCGGCGAUCGAGUAGUGGUGGCCCGAUGGGGCCAGACUGGAAGUGAUAACAAGUUCGGAGCGCUUCAGAAAUAUGCACUGGCUCUGGAGGAGAAUACAUUGAAACUUGAGCCAGAGAUCAGCUUUGAAGAUGCCUCGGGGGUUAUCGCCAACUUGGCGACCGUGGUUUCUGCUCUCAAUAUCUACAUGGGCCUAUCUUUGCCUCCGAUUACUGGAAAAGCACUACCAAACGGAAAGCGCGUACUUGUUUAUGGUGGAUCAUCGGCAGUGGGAGGACUGGCCGUAAAGUAUGCUUCCGAUGCUGGGUAUGAGGUCGUAACCACCUCGUCUACGGCGAAUAAGAAGCUUGUUGAGGAGCGCAACGCGGCCCAUAUAAUCGAUCAUUGCCAGCCGAAAGAAGAUCUCCUUCGGGAACUACGAGGCCAUGGCCCCUACGAAGGGAUCUUUGAGGCCAUUGGCUCGCAGACGACCACACAACUCGUGGUUGAAUUGCUUCGCGAAACGGGCGGCCAAUUUUUCUCAACCAGUCCUUCUCCUGGGGAUGGCCAGAUUCCAAACAACGUUCAGAAGAAGUGGGCCGGAUAUUCCGAGACCCUUGCCUCCCAAGAAGCAAACCGGGAAUUACGUGCGUGGUAUCUGGAACGUUAUUUACCAGAAGCCCUGAAGAAUCGCUCGGUAUGGCCUAACCCUGCGUUGUGGCUCAAAGGAGGGUUAAACUCCACCCAAGAAGCGUUGGAUUUGCUGUAUGACGGCAAGGUCAGUGGAAAAAAGAUCUUCUUGAAUCCGCAAGAUUAG